GCGAGUCUUCCAGCUUAUCUUCUACAGCAAGAAAUAAACUGAAGGUUUAAUAUAUAUGACGGGCACCAAAGAGGUCCAGGACGAUGAUGGAAACAUUAAAUGAAUUAUCCCGGCUGAGAGACUCUGGGUUCGGCCGACCCUGGCCCAGACACGGACUUAAGCUCCUCUACUGGUUCGCCAAUGACUGUGUUUCUUUUGGCAAAGACAACGUCAUGCUCUCCGAAUGUGAACCAGCCGACGGAGAUUUCGGUUUUCACUAUUUUGAGAACAGAUAUGACGAAUAUGGGGAUCAACUUCUCCCACAGAUGUAUUUCCCUUACUAUGUGGUUGGAAAUCUAAACUCACCAGGAGCUGAAGAACUCCCUGAAUACGUCUCAGAAGACAACUCUACUGACCAGCACAACAGCAACACGGACCGCGUCAUCGUCAGUCUCUACGAGGAGGAGUGGUUUCAUCAAGUUUAUGUGACUCAACACCACGACCGCUCAAACUACGACCCAAACGCCACUUACCGGAUCUCCAGAGGCCUUCUCAUGAUCAUCAGGAGGAUGAGUUUAGAUACGUUUCUGGAGGAGAUGGAUUAUGAUACAUAUAUACAGCCUUUCUUACCAACACCGGUCUUCAAUUACAGACCUCCAACUACAAACACAGUCAGACCAAAUUUCACAGCGGUCACUCCAUCAUCCAGUGAUUCAGAUGACAGUGAGCAUGAGAGAUAUGAGGACAAGAAAACUGGUAAUUACACGUACAUACCAACACCCGUCACCAAUUACAGGCCUCAAACUACAAGUACAGCAAUUCCUCCAUCAUCCAGUGAUCCAGCAACACAAAACAAUGACACCAAAAUCCAUAUAAAUGACAACGGGAAGACCGUUUCUUUACCAAAACCUGUCACCAAUUACAGGCCUCAAACUACAAGUACAGCAAUUCCUCCAUCAUCCAGUGAUCCAGCAACACAAAACAAUGACACCAAAAUCCAGAUAAAUGACAACGGGAAGACCGUUUCUUUACCAAAACCUGUCACCAAUUACAGGCCUCAAACUACAAGCAAAGUCAAUCCAGAAUUCACUGUGGCCACUAUAUCAUGCAGUGAUCCAGCACACAAUGAGAACAAUGACACCACAAUCCAAAUAGAUGAUGACACGUCUACACGACAGCACUCAGCGAACUUUCCCAAGAAGAAGGGAUUCUGCAAAAGAUUCUGCACCAUACUUUAAAAACGGACCAUCAUCUGCAGCUGCACUCUAGUGCUCCUGGGAAAUUGUACAAUGGUACAAUGGACCUCUUUCAGCUGCACUAUUGUCAGAGAUGAUUUUAUUUAUUUAUACCUUUUUAUCAUAAAAACAUUUGAGUGUUUUAAUUUUGGUUACCCAAUAGAGUUAUAUGUACCUUUUUCUUGACCCUGUAUUGUCUUAUUGUGUUUUUUUUAGUCUGUCUUUUGUGCCCUGUGUAUUUAUUGUGUAAUUUUUUGUUGUUUUGCACUUUUUUCACCUUAUCUUG